AUGGCUGCGCCCACCCAAACGCUUGAGCCGUCCUCCCAACUCGAGGCUCUCCAUCAGUCAUCAGUAAAAAAAACCAAGCGCUGCAUAGCCAACGGGAGUCACCGCGAUCGAUUCUGCUACCUCAGACCGAGUCGGAGACUGCACAGAGACAAAGAGCAGAGAGAGAGAGAGAGAGAGAGAGAGAGAGAGAGAGAGAGAGAGAGAGAGAGAGAGAGAGAGAGAGAGAUAGAGAAGAGAGGUGCGGGGGAGCGUGGUCGUGGUCGGGGUGGUGCUGAGCGCGGCCGUGGCGGUCGCGGUGGUCGCGGUGGUCGUGGCGGUCGCGGGCGCGGGUCAAGCCACGGCAGCAGCAGCGAAAGCAAGCCCGAGGCCAAGCGCAGCAAAAAGACAGAUGCAUCAGAUACACCCAAGAAAGAGUCCGCUCCGCCGCCUCCCGCUGUCAAAGAUCGUCAGUCAUAUCAGCAGGCACUAGAUUACCUGCGCCUGUGGCAGUCUGACCGAACACAAUGGAAGUUUCAAAAAGUUCGCCAAAAUUUUCUGCUUGAGCAUGCAUUUGAUCCCUACCUGCUACCCAAAGAUGACUUUGAUGUGUUUGUGACAUAUGUUCAGGCCCUUCAGGGCGUGGCACGGAUGCGCCUGCGCGAGCGAGCCGAACAGGUUGUGGCGAGUGAGGAGGUGUCACCGGCGGUUCUCGAGUCGGCGCGACUAGCCGCCGAAGACAAUAAAGAAACCUUUGAUGCCGAACAGGUGACGCCGGUCAUUUAUAAAAUCAUCCGAAAGCGUGCCAAGAAGCUCAUCAAGGCCUUGGCUUGA